AUGGGUUCAGGGUUGUGGAAAUCUAUUGGUGUAUCUGUUUUUUCAGUUUUCCUAUUUCAGUUUUGCUAUUCAGAGAAAGCUCCAUAUUCCACAUUUGCCCACGAUGCCACGCUAGCUCCAGCAAAUGCAGUCUAUGACUAUAUCAUCAUUGGAGGAGGAACUUCAGGCUGUGCUCUAGCAGCAACUCUCUCUCAAGCCUCUAAAGUUUUACUCCUUGAAAGAGGAGGUUUGCCCUAUGGAAACCCCAACAUAACCAACAUAGGCUCUUUCUCCGCCAACCUCGCUGACACCUCCCCAUCAUCGCCAACUCAACCCUUCGUCUCCACAGACGGAGUCCCCAACGCCCGGGCCCGCGUCCUAGGCGGUGGCUCGGCCCUGAACGCGGGGUUCUACACCAGGGCGAGCACCACCUAUGUUAAUAGAAUGGGGUGGGAUCAAAAGUUGGUUAAUGAAUCUUAUGAAUGGGUGGAGAAGAUGGUGGCGUUUGAGCCGCCGAUUCUGGAGUGGCAAUCGGCGGUGAGGAAUGGGUUGCUUGAGGUUGGUGUGUGCCCAUAUAAUGGUUUUACGUAUGAUCAUAUGUAUGGGACUAAAGUUGGUGGUUCUAUCUUUGAUCGAGAUGGGCACAGACACACUGCUGCUGAUUUGUUAGAGUAUGCUGAUCCAGGAAAUAUUACUGUCUAUUUGAAUGCAACAGUACACCGGAUUUUUUUCGGAAUUGAAGGAUCAGCAAGACCAAAAGCUCAUGCAGUGGUAUUUAGAGACGGAAACGGCAAGAGACACGCAGCAUACUUAAAGAGGGACUCCAUGAACGAGAUCAUCUUAUCAGCUGGUGCACUUGGAAGCCCUCAGAUGUUGAUGUUGAGUGGCAUUGGGCCUAUUGGACAGCUCAGGGCCCACCAGAUCAGGGUGGUGUUGGACAAUCCCAUGGUGGGCCAGGGAAUGGCUGAUAACCCAAUGAAUGCCCUGAUCAUUCCUUCGCCUAGGCCCGUUGAAAUAUCUCUGAUUCAAGUUGUGGGCAUUACCCAGUUCAAUAGCUACAUUGAAGCAGCUAGUGGGGCCAGCUUUGGAUAUGCAGUGGCCCCUAGGUUGGCUGAGGAAUUAGCAGUGUUAUUAAAGCAGACAGCCCUACCUUCUACAGUACUUCCCACGCCAGGAACUCCAGAGGCCAUAGCUGAAGCUCCUGCAUACAGGAACUCUUCUAUUCAAGCUGGAGUCAUCCUUGAGAAGAUCAUGGGACCCCUAUCAACCGGUCAUCUCGAGCUCCAAACCCGGGAUCCAAGAGAUAAUCCUCAAGUCACAUUCAACUAUUUCAAAGACCCUCAGGACCUACAAAGGUGUGUUCAAGGCAUGAAUACCAUUAUAAAGGUCAUAGAGUCAAAGUCUUUUUCGAGGUUCCGGUUUCCAAACAUGACAGUGCAAGCUCUGAUUAAUAUGAUGCUGGAUGUUCAAGUGAACUUGAGACCAAGACAUAGGACUGAUUCUUUGUCCUUGGAACAGUUCUGCAUUGACACUGUUAUGACCAUAUGGCAUUACCACGGAGGCUGCCAAGUUGAUCGGGUUGUCGAUCACGAUUACAAGGUUCUUGGUGUUGAUGCAUUGCGUGUAAUUGAUGGCUCCACAUUUUAUCACUCCCCCGGAACUAAUCCUCAAGCUACUGUUAUGAUGCUUGGAAGGUACAUGGGACAGAGAAUUCUAAGCGAGAGGUGUCCAAAGGGAAGGAAGUAG